AUGUUAUUUGUGUCGCGAAACGUAGCGAGUGACAUCGUCGUUCCUUUUUCUUUUCUUUCUUUGACGUUAUAUUUCUCGAUGCAAGAUGCAACUUUCCUUUUGUCUAAGCUUAAUUUUUUUCUUUCUUUCUUUCUUUCUUUCUUUCUUUCUGUUAUGUGUCUCUGCCAGUUAUUUCUAUCUUGCUCUCCAACACACAAUAGAGACCGGAUAGAGAGAGAGAGAAAGAGAGAGAGAGAGAGAGAGAGAGAGAGAGAGAGAGAAUUAUCUCUCUCAGUUUCUGUCUGUCUGUUUGUCUAUAUCUGUCUCUUUCUAUCUAUCUAUCUAUAUAUCUAUCUAUCUCAAACUCUCAUACACAACAGACGCACACACACACACACACACAACCCCACCUCUAUCUGCCUUAUUAGAUUGUCUCUGUCUCUCAUAGGCGUUUUCUUCCUGAUGUGUCACUCAAUCAUCCGUUCCGCCAGCACACUUCAUUCGCUUACCACUGGAUGGAUGCAUUCCCACUCACACAUGCACGCAAAUACUCUCUCUCUCUCUCUCCCUCCCUCCUUAGUUUCCUGCCUCUCUGUUCAUAGCUUUCUUCUCUCUCUCUCUCUCUCUUUGUUCAUAUUGUCUUUCUCUAUCUAG